AUGCUGGGCUCAGCGCCUGGCGCUGGGGGGAUCUGUGCGGCGCCCGCCCCUGCUCUGGGCCUGCCCGAAGGGGACACCCUGGCCGAGGCUCGUCAGAGCUUCCUGCUGCCCAGAGCAGCAGGCCCGGCGCUAACGGGGCAGAACACAGGCUCACGGCGGCAGAGCCUGGAUCCUGGGGCCGGCCCCUGCCUGCCCCUCCUGGGAGCCCCGAGGCAGAGCGCUGGGCACGGCUCCCCUGGGCAGCCAAGGAACAAGGCGGCUGUGGACGGCCCCGUCUGGCUGGAUAACCUGCGCUGCGCUGGCACCGAGCGCUCCCUGGCCGAGUGCCACUCCAACGGCUGGGGCGUGAGUGACUGCCACCAUGGAGAGGACGCCGGCGUCAUGUGCUCGGCCCGGCACCCGCCCGGCCCUCGCUCCCCGGGCCCAGCCCCCGGCCUGCAGUCCUACAAAGCUGUUGUCAGCCCCACCCCCAAGUGCUCUCUUCCGCCGUGUGUCCUGGGCCCCUCUCACCCGGUAUCUGGCCUGGAGCAGGGAAGGAAGCUGGAAGAGGUGCGGCUCAAGCCAGUCCUGGCCUGGGCGAAGCUGAGCGUGCCCGUCAGCGAGGGCGUGGUGGAGGUGAAGCACGAGGGGCGCUGGAGGCAGGUGUGCGACGCCGGUUGGACCAGGAACAACAGCCGCGUGGUGUGCGGGAUGCUGGGCUUCCCCCGGGAGAAGCGGCUCAACACCGGCUUCUACAGGAAGCUCUGGAACCUGAAGUUGAAGGAUCCCAAGUCCAGCCUAAGGGGCCUGAGCCAGAAGAACGCGUUCUGGAUCCACCGGGUCAGCUGCCUGGGCACGGAGCCCCACCUGUCCCACUGCCCGGUGCAGGUGUCCCCUGCCGCCCGGCGCCAGCCCGCCUGUGCCCACGGCAUGCACGCCGUCGUCAGCUGCGUCCCGGGCGCCGAGUUCCAGACCGCCAAGGCCAAGCCGUUCCGCAAGGGCCCGCGGGCAGAGGGGCCCCAGGUGCGUCUCCGGGCUGGCGCCCAGGUGGGCGAGGGCCGGGUGGAGGUGCUGCAGCACGGCCAGUGGGGCACCGUGUGCGACGAGAAGUGGGACCUGCUCGCAGCCAGCGUGGUGUGUCGGCAGCUGGGCUACGGGACGGCCAGGCAGGCCCUGACGGGGGCCCAGAUGGGCCAGGGCCUGGGCCCCAUCCACAUGUCCCAGGUUCAGUGCACAGGCUACGAGCACUCGCUCCAGGAGUGCAGCUUCCAGGAGGCAGCGCAGAGCGGCUGCCGGCAUGAGGCCGAUGCUGCCGUCCGGUGCCACGUGCCCCACACGGACUACCAGAGCCAGGUGAGCCCCCCCGCGGUGCGCCUGGCGGGCGGCCGCAGCCCCGAGGAGGGUGUGGUGGAAGUGUUGGUGCCGGUGGGGGGAGCCCUGAAGUGGGGCACCGUGUGCGGCGAACGGUGGGGGCUGAACGAGGCCAUGGUGGUCUGCAGGCAGCUGGGGCUGGGCUUCGCCAGCCACGCCCUCCAGGAGACCUGGUACUGGCAGGGCAGCCCAGAGGCGGGCGAGGUGGUGAUGAGCGGCGUGCACUGCACGGGCACCGAGCUCAGCAUCCAGCAAUGCCAGCGCCACGGCCCCGUGCACUGCCCGGCGGGCGGCGGGCGCUUCUCUGCCGGGGUCAGCUGCACCGACACCGCCCCGGACCUGGUGCUGGACGCGCAGGUGGUGCAGGAGACGGGCUACCUGGAGGAGCGGCCGCUCGCCAUGCUGUACUGCGCCCACGAGGAGCGCUGCCUCUCGCACUCGGCCGACCACGCCAACUGGCCCGACGGGCACCGGCGCCUGCUGCGCUUCUCCUCCCGGAUCCACAACCUGGGCCGAGCCGACUUCCGGCCCCAGACCGGCCGCCACGCCUGGGUCUGGCACCAGUGCCACAGGUGAGCGCCACCCCGCA